GCCAGCCAUCUUUGUUUAGGGCCUUGUUCUCAGACGUCCAAGUCUCGCUAAUUGGCUGAUAUCCACUUCUAGGACUGAUACCUCCAUGAUAAUGGUGAUUUCAUUAGAGCACCCAGCUAGGCCACUCACACAUUCACAGCAUUAGAUAGGCUACAAUUAUGCCUUUAAACCUAAUCAUUGUAGGUGGCUGACACCCUCACAACAAGGACAGAAAAGCGGUGAGGCCUAAUGUUACCUAACGCUCCAACUGUUUAUUUAAUAGGUGCUGUAAAAAGGGAUGUCACACUACAUAGUGUUGGGCUGGUGAGAGAGCAGUCCACAGCUCAACAGACACCUGGGCUUAUGUAACUCUCACCGCCCUUUGGACAGUAGAUAGUUUAGCCUGAGAUCAGAUAUUUAUUUUAUUCUUACACCAGUUUCUUCAGGGCUGCUUCCGCUUGAGGAUCCAUAGUCUCUGUUCUUUAUCUGUCCAUCAUUUAGUCUGUGUCAUCUCCACCUGGCAUCUGAUCUUGUGUCCUGCCUCGGCUGCGGGGGGAUUGUCCAAUAUGAAAUGAUCAGCGCUGGGAUUUGCGGUUUAAGGACGCUUAAAGCAAAGGUUUUAAUGCCCUGACGUCACAUUAAUUAGCAGCCACUUUGAUCCUUUCAGCCUCUAAGCCGCAUUCUGUCCUAUUCUGUCUGUCGGCGGACACGGGACUCCUUCCGGGACCGUGGAGGAGAAUGUUCGUCCGCACCAACGGAUGCUACUGAUCCACCCAGGCGUGCCGGCCACCGUGCAGCUCCCCUCUCCAUACUGACCGUUCCCCCACUGGGGAUGCUUCUGUGAAGAGACUACAGGAAUACUAAACUACACCGCGUCCAAAAAUGGCAGACAAGGGCAGCGUGGAGAAAUACCUGGAGAACAACCCGCAGUUCGCCAAAGAAUACUUUGAUAAGAAGCUGCGCGCCGAAGCGCUGACCGCCGCCUUUUCUACCACUCUCGACGUUAAAGACACUGCUUCCUUCAAGGAUGUUAGCUCUGUGCAGGAAGCCGCCAUCAUCUUCGAGCUGGUCCGCGAGCUGCAGAAUCUGGACAGCAUGGAGAAGUCCCUGCACAAAGUGCUGCAGAGAAUUGCCCUGAUCACGCAGGCCGACAGGGUCAGUUUCUACUUGUGCCGGGCGAGGAACGGAAUACCCGAGCUGGCCUCCUGCCUCUUCGACGUGACCCCGACGUCCAAGUACGACGCAAACCUCGUGUCCUCGCAGGCCGAAAUUGUGUUUCCCCUGGACAUGGGGCUCGUCGGCUUCACCGCCAAUUCCAAAAAGCCCCUGAAUAUUCCUGAUGUCACAAAGAACAAUAAGUUUUGCGACUUUGUGGACAAACAGACUGGAUACAAGACCAAAAACAUGCUCACUUUCCCUCUGUUGGCUGAUAAAGAGUGCCUUGGCGUUGUCAUGGUACUAAACAAAAUAGGAGCUGACGCGUUCACUCCGGAGGACGAGGCGCUCUUCCACAAGUACAUGAACUUUGCUCAAGUCAUCACCCUGCAGCACUUCACAGCCUACAUGUUCAACGUGGAGUCCAGGAGGAGUCAGGUGCUGCUGUGGUCAGCCAACAAGGUGUUUGAGGAGUUGACAGACAUUGAGAGACAGUUCCACAAAGCGCUCUACACUGUAAGGACCUAUCUGCAAUGCGAGCGAUACUCGGUGGGCCUGUUGGACAUGACCAAGGAGAAGGAAUUUUAUGAUGAAUGGCCAAUUAAACUGGGAGAUGUGGAGCCUUAUAAAGGACCCAAAACGCCAGAUGGCAGGGAAAUCAACUUUUACAAGAUUAUUGACUACCUCCUGGAAGCUAAAGAAGAAAUUAAAGUCAUUCCUGGUCCACCUGCAGAUCACUGGGCUCUAGUCAGCGGACUGCCGGCCUACGUAGCAGAGAAUGGCUUUAUUUGCAACAUGAUGAAUGUGGCUGCAGAUGAUUACUUCACUUUCCAGAAAGAGCCCGUGGAUGAAACAGGAUUUGUCAUCAAGAACGUCUUGUCGCUGCCCAUUGUCAACAAGAAAGAAGAAAUUGUAGGUGUUGCCACUUUCUUCAACAGGAGAGACGGCAAACCAUUUGACGAGCACGAUGAACAAAUCACUGAGGCCCUGACCCAGUUCCUGGGCUGGUCAGUGCUCAACUGUGACACCUACGACAAGCUGAACCGUAUGGAGUACAGGAAAGAUAUCGCCCAGGAGAUGCUCAUGUACCAAACCAAAUGCACCAAAGAUGAGCUGCAGUCCAUUCUGAACACCAAGGAGAAGUUUGAUUCAGACCCUGAAGACUGCGAACAGAAGGACAUGUACAAGCUAUUGAGGUCAAACUGCCCGCCAGCCGACAACAUCAACGGAGAGAACCUGUACUUGUUCUCCUUCAGUGACUUCCCUGUUACGGAGUUUGACCUCAUCAAAGCUGGUAUUCGCAUGUUCUUUGAACUUGGAGUUGUUGAAAAGUUUAAAGUUCCUGCAGAGACGCUGACCAGGUGGAUGUACACAGUGAGGAAGGGUUACCGGGCCAUCACCUACCACAACUGGAGGCACGGCUUCAAUGUGGGCCACACCAUGUUCUGCCUGUUGCAGACGGGGAAGCUGAGGAAGUACUAUUCCGAUCUAGAAGCCUUUGCCAUGGUGGCUGCCGCUUUCUGCCACGAUAUUGACCACAGGGGAACUAACAAUCUCUACCAGACAAAGAGCGCACAUCCUCUGGCCAAACUUCACGGCUCAUCCAUCAUGGAGAGGCACCACUUGGAGUACAGCAAAACGCUCAUGGGAGAGGAGAGCCUCAACAUCUUCUGCAACCUCCAGAAGCGCCAGUUUGAAACUGUGCAGCACUUGUUUGACGUCUGCAUCAUUGCCACUGACCUGGCCCUUUAUUUCAAAAAGAGAACCAUGUUCCAGAACAUUGUGAAUGCCACAGAGCCCAUGACAGAUGCGAAGGAGGCCACUGAAUACGUUGCCAACCACGCCAUCAGGAAGGAAAUUGUCAUGGCCAUGAUGAUGACAGGCUGCGACUUGUCAGCUAUCACCAAGCCCUGGGAAGUACAGAGCAAGGUGGCUUUGAUGGUCGCCGCUGAAUUCUGGGAACAGGGCGAUUUGGAGAAAAAUGUUUUGGAACAACAACCUAUUCCCAUGAUGGACAGAAACUGUGCGGAACAGCUACCCAAGAUGCAGUGCGGCUUCAUCGACUUUGUGUGCUCGUUUGUAUACAAGGAAUUCUCCAGGUUCCACAAAGAGAUCCAGCCCAUGUUUGAUGGUCUGAACAACAACAGGGCACACUGGAACGAGCUGGCUCAGGAAUACGAUAAAAAGAUGAAGGCCAUCGAGGAUCAGAAGAAGAAACUAGAAGAAGAGGAAGCCAGGAAGUCCGGCGGUGAUGGGAAGUCAAAGACCUGCACCCUCUCCUAAAUCUGUCUGCGUUUUGGAUUGGAGGGAUUCGGACUGGUUAGAGCUUAUCUAGGCUUCAGUAGCCUAUUCUGAUCUGACAAGUCGUCUAGGCUUCCUCGCUCCAAUGAAAUGAAAUGUAGUUGUCUCUGGGUAGGUGCUGUUCACCCUGGUGCAGUCCCAGUCCUGUUUAAUCUGGUCAGGUUCAGUUUAGCCUGCUUUAGCCUAGUAUAGCCCAGUCUAGUCUGCAGACCAGUCUGGAUUAGGCCGGCCUAACCACUCUCCAAGGGCAGAAGCAUAAAAACCUCACCAGGAUUAAUGCUGGAACUCUGUCUGCAGGAGAAGCCAUUUGACUUCGAAGGGGCGAUGUGCAUGAAACGUCCUGCUCCAUUUGCUUUUCGUACAGCAUGCAAGCGCGAACAUUCCGAAGGAACACGGGUUUCCCAUGUUAGCAAUACGAGAACUAUAUUUGGAUAAGCUUGAAUGCUGUAACAAGUCAAACUGAGGCAGGCCCGGACCUUUAGUGUACGUAGGUGAACUAGGAAUGUGCUGCAUGUGGAGCGUAUACAUGCCAAAGCAACAGUUCCCAUAGUGAUUAAACAUGGAAGCACUGUAGGUUGCACGAUGCACUUACUGUAGCCGCUGCUGUUGUGGCAGGGCAUGAUCAGAGGGUGGGUGGGCUAAUGCGUAACGGUCUACUUACAGGUGUAAACGGAACAGGCUAAUGGUUUUCUCUCAAUUGAAGUAGCAGGUGUAGGAUGUGUUGACGUGUGGACACAAAAGAAGGAAACACCAACUGACAGAUCUGUUAAUGCUACAAUGCUGAUACUACCGAAAGUGACGGCGCUCAAUCGACAAGGACUGACGUUGUCUUACCUCAAAGGCACAUGGAGUUAUGAGGACAUAUUUAUUUUAAUAUGCAAUCUAUCUAUAGACCUAUGUUUUUAUUUCUUUGUCAGAGGAUUUUGUACUUGAACUGUCUUUACAGAUGGAGUUUAAGGCGAAUUUUGACAGAGGACAAUAAGAGACUUCUUUGAAUUUGUGAAUUGUUUUUCCGGCUUUGAUUAACACCCAUGAGCUGUUUGCUUUAUGACCAAUAACUACAAACUGUAACGUGCAUAAUAUUUACACCAAUGUUUAGAGCAAACUAACAAUUCCAUAUUGAUUCUUUUAAGCUUGCAUGAUUUCACAGCUAUAUAGUUUAAGACAUAGCAAUUGUAAAAUGUAAAUUGUGUAAACUAAUUGAUAUUUGACGCGACUUUUGCUUAUAAGGAGGCAGGAGUCAGUUGAACAAGGUGCAGUAGAUCUACCUCUCCUGUAAGACGAUUUGUUAGGAUUUGUUUGCCAGCCAGUGUGUUUGAUAACCGCACAGCUUUAGUCUUUAAAUAACUCUCCACAGAGGAGGCGAAGGCAGGCUACAAAAGCCUUAUUCUAUAUAUGCACAGGCCAGCCACUCAUGUUUGUCAAACAUGCAAAGAUAGCAUCAUUGAUUAUAUGGUUUAGGUCCCUCGCUACCGAGACCACAGCUCAGUUAGAUUCUACUCCACCAGAACCAAACCUCUGGUCGUGCACCAGUACAUUUUUAGAAAUGGCCAUUCCAGGGCAAACGGCAAGCUGUGGCGUCCCGUUACACAAUGUCAUCUCCUCUAAUCAGUGGGGCAUCAAUCAGAGGCGCUUAAUCCUAUCAGAAUGGCUUUCGGGCUACUUGGAAAGACCAUUUCUGUUGCUUGAGGUGAAGCGAGGAGCUGUGGUGAUCACCAGAGAAAGAACUGUUCAAAACCAACAACUGAGUCCAGCCAAGUAUUUUGAGUUAAUGACUUUACCGUAGUCAAACCUCAGUGUUUCUGUUGGAGACGAUUACCUGGACAGUUCUGUCUCCAGUGAUAAAAGCAGCUCCUCGUUUUUUUUUUUUCCAAGUAUAUUUGAGAGCCAUUACAAAACACAUGAGACAUUAGAACCCUUUUGAUUGCUGUAUGAAAUGAUCUCUACUGUAUGUAUGUCAAAAGAUGUAAAAUUUGUAAGCAAAUAAAGGAAUUUAUGGCGG